AGGUGGGGGAACUUGAGAGUCGGGGUGAGGCUGAACAAAGGGGCUGGUUUUAUAGGCUUGGUUAUCAGCCGGGGACUUGCAGGGGAAAAGUAGCUUUUUGAGUUGGGCCUUGAAGAGUAGGAAGUGUGGUCAGAACACUGCUCUUCUGUCAUUCAGCAAACGCUGAGCGUCAGCUACGUGCUAAGCACCACGGGUUCACGGAAUAAUGAGACAGGUUGCCUGCCCUCAAUGAGGGUCAGAGCAGCAGGCACUUGAAUGCAGGGAUCAUCGCAGGAGGUCCAGGGAGCUGAGGAAAGUCUCGGAGAAGGAAUGGGUUUUGAGAGAUGAGGAGGAGUUUGUCCAGUACGCAGGGUGAGGCGAGAGAGCAGCUUAUGCAAAGCUGCAGACACAAGAGUCUGGGGGCGGUGGCGGGGUUUAGUGCGUUGCAGCUGAGCAACGAGGCUGAAGACGGAGGCAGGGAGCCGCUCCUGCAGAGUGCUGGAGGCCGGAGGGAGGCCUUGGCCACCCUGAAGGGGCUAUAGGCAGGGACAUCCGGUCUCUUAGCAAGGUCAUCCCUGCCACCAGGUGAACACCGAUGGCGGCACAAACACAGGGGCUGAGAGCGCCUGCCUCCAUCUCGUAUGUUUGGCCUGGCCACAUCUGUCCUUCAGCAGAGAAAACAGCUGGGGCUGCUUUGUGGAGCCAGGACUGGAGAGGAAAUGAUGGAGCUCCCUGCCCAGGCCCAUGGCCAUGGCAGUGGCCCAGAAGUUCAGCCACUUCCUGUACAGUCUGCGCCAGGUCGCCCAGGAGUCUCCACAGCCAGAGCCCGUCUUCACGGUGGACCGAGCCGAGGUGCCGCCCCUCUUCUGGAAGCCGUACAUCUACGUGGGCUACCGGCCGCUGCAUCAGACCUGGCGCUUCUACUUCCGCACACUCUUCCAGCAGCACAACGAGGCUGUGAACGUGUGGACCCACCUGCUGGCGGCCCUGGUGCUGCUGCUGCGGCUGGCCGUCUUCAUGGGGACCGUGGACUUCCGAGGGGACCCGCACGCCCUGCCCCUCUUCAUCAUCGUCGUCGCCUCCUUCACCUACCUCUCCUUCAGUGCCCUGGCUCACCUCCUGCAGGCCAAGUCCGAGUUCUGGCAUUACAGCUUCUUCUUCCUGGACUACGUGGGUGUGGCCGUGUACCAGUUCGGCAGUGCCCUGGCGCACUUCUAUUAUGCCAUCGAGCCCGCCUGGCACUCGCAGGUGCAGGCCAUAUUCCUGCCCACAGCUGCCUUCCUCGCCUGGCUUUCCUGUACGGGCUCCUGCUACAACAAGUACAUCCAGAAGCCAGGCCUGCUGGGCCGCACUUGCCAGGAGGUACCCUCCGUGCUGGCCUACGCCCUGGACAUCAGCCCUGUGGUACACCGCAUCUUGGUGACCCCUGACCCUGCCGCAGACGACCCCGCCCUGCUCUACCACAAGUGCCAGGUGGUGUUUUUUCUGCUGGCUGCUGCUUUCUUCUCUACCGUCAUGCCUGAGCGCUGGUUCCCUGGGAGCUGCCACGUCUUCGGGCAGGGCCACCAACUCUUCCACGUCUUCUUGGUGCUGUGCACGCUGGCUCAGCUGGAGGCCGUGACGCUGGACUAUGAGGCCCGGCGGCCCAUCUAUGAGCCUCUGCACACCCACUGGCCCCACAACUUCUCCGGCCUCUUCCUGCUCACCGUGGGCAGCAGUGUCCUCACGGCGUUCUUCCUGAGCCAGCUCGUGCGACGCAAACUCGAGCAGAAGACCAAGUGAGGGGAGGCAGCUGGCAGGGAGGGAGGUGUAGUGGGGGAACAAGGCCUGGUAAAGUUGGUUGUGUCUGGCCCGCGGUGACUCCCUGCACACUCAACGCCAAGGGUGGCACUAGCCAAUGCUUGGAUUUGGGGACUGGCUCAGAGCUGCUUGGGUCCACUGUUGGACCCGCCUCAGCUCCCUGUCCUGGAGAGGGACAGAGGUGACGGUUUGGGCCAUCCUGACGCACCCCUUUACUGCCUCUCUCUAGGGGUGAAUUUGGGCCUUCCGGGUUAUUUGGGUGAGAGGUGAAACUUGGAUCACAGUCAGAUUUGAGCUGAGAGGCGGGAGAGGCCUCAGCAGCCCACCUCUGUCCAGAUGUCACUGAUGGAUGGGGAAGAGGCAGGCCCAAACUUGGAGUAGAAUCUUACUGUCCCUUGAACUGUAGUUCGCGAGGUGUUGGCGCUCUGGAGAGCCCCCAGAAGUAGAAGAUUGUGCCAAAUGCACAUCGAUCCCACUUGGGACCCCCCUGCUCCUCCAGUCACUGCCCCAGUGAGCCCCAGAUCUCUCGCUCUGGCCUCCUUGUCCCGUGGAGCCUGUCCCCAGCUUCUCUCCUGGUUUCCUGGCUCACGAGUCCAUUAUCUACUCAGUGUUUCUCGAGACAGAGGCAGGCACCCAGCUGGGCCCUGUGGAUUGAUGCAGGAUGGUGAAGAGCCCUGGGGAGGGAGCGGCUUUCCCGAGACCCUGCGGCUCUCGGGCUGGGAAGGGUAAACAGGAGCUUGCUCAGAACAGGAUGGACAUUACAGAGACCCAGAGGUGCAGAGGGAAGAGUUAGUGGAGCUGAGCUGGUGGUGGCCUGCACUCUGACAGAUCCUGGAUGCAAUAAAGUGACUGCAACUACAGCUGCCUCUCUGCUUUCUGUCUCUGGUCCCAGGGGAUGGGCCCUGUUUGCAGUGUCGGGAGAGGUUUUCCUGAGGAAGCUAGGGCCCCUGGGGGUGGACGUGGUGGAGCAGGGAGCAGUUCCUGUUUUAUAUUUGCCUGGGUAGGGUUACGGCUUUCUAUAUUUUAUAGAUAUACACAUGUAUACAUUUAUAUAUAUUUAAUACACACACUACACACAUAAAAUAUGUAACAUGAAACUUUUUGGCAAGG